GGCACGGAGCGCGGCGGCGGGCGGAGCGGGGCGCGCCCGCCCCAUGCACCGGAGCCAUGAGGGCGGGUAGCCCCCGGGCCCGGGCCGCCGCGCUCCGGCCGGCGCCGAGGCGGGCAAGGCGGUUUAUAUAGGGUGCCCCGCGCUCGCCCGGCGCAUGGAGCCGCAGCCUCCUUCUCCCGCUCUCUCCCGCAAGGUGAUGCCGCCGGAGCCGCUGCCCAAGGGGAGCGCGCGCUGCCUCGACCCGCACUCCCGCACCAUGUCGCACCCCGAUGGGGACCCGCUGCCCGGCGCCCUGGAGAAGGAGGACGCCCGCUCGGCUCCGAGCACUCCCUCCACGCCGUCCGUCUGCUCCCCGCCAUCCUCUUCCUCCUCCACGCCGUCGGCCGGCAAGAACGUCUGCUCCAGCUGCGGGCUGGAGAUCCUCGACCGGUACCUGCUCAAGGUGAACAACCUCAUCUGGCACGUUCGCUGCCUGGAGUGCUCCGUGUGCCGCACCUCGCUGCGGCAGCAGCACAGCUGCUACAUCAAGAACAAGGAGAUCUUCUGCAAGAUGGACUACUUCAGCCGGUUCGGUACCAAGUGUGCCCGCUGCGGCAGGCAGAUCUACGCCAGCGACUGGGUGCGGCGAGCGCGGGGCAACGCCUACCACCUCGCCUGCUUCGCCUGCUUCUCCUGCAAGCGGCAGCUCUCCACCGGCGAGGAGUUCGGGCUGGUGGAGGAGAAGGUGCUGUGCCGGAUCCACUACGACACCAUGAUCGAGAACCUCAAGCGAGCGGCAGAAAACGGCAACGGGAUCACGCUGGAGGGGGCUGUGCCCUCGGAGCAGGACAGCCAGCCGAAGCCGGCCAAGAGAGCCCGCACCUCCUUCACCGCCGAGCAGCUGCAGGUCAUGCAGGCACAGUUUGCUCAGGACAACAACCCCGACGCACAAACGCUUCAGAAGCUGGCGGACAUGACGGGGCUGAGUCGGAGAGUCAUUCAGGUUUGGUUUCAAAACUGCAGAGCCCGCCAUAAAAAACACACCCCCCAGCACACGGUGCCGCCCUCGGGAGCGCCCCCGCCCCGCAUCCCUUCCUCGCUCUCCGAUGACAUUCACUACUCGCCCUUCAGCAGCCCCGAGCGGGCCCGCAUGGUGACGCUGCACGGAUACAUAGAAAGUCAGGUACAGUGUGGACAAGUGCACUGUAGACUCCCCUACACUGCUCCACCAGUGCACCUCAAAGCAGACAUGGAAGGACCACUAUCUAAUAGGGGUCAUCCUCUUUCAGUACUGACUGCGCAGACCCUUCCCCACCUGCCCAUGGGGCUACCAGCACCACUGCCCCUCAGCCGCUGAGCCCCCGCGUCCAGCCCGAGGCACCUGGUGCCCGUCACGUGGGAGAAAGCUGCAGCAUCCUCUGUUCCUGCCACUGAGCAGCACCCGACACCCCCGUCCUUCCUCCAGCGACACUCUGUGUAUGUGUGUGUUGAGUGCAGAGUUACAUUUUUCACUUGUUUCUUGUGGACUUGUAGUCUCUCCAAGGCGAUGCCGGACACAGUCAAAGGUAGUGACUCUGCUGUGCUUGCAAAGCUCACUCCCAGUCCCGUGGGAGUAUGAACAAACCGGAACAUGCUGAGUCUCAGGGGGGUUGAUGAUCACCUCUGAACAUUAAGGCAGGAGGAAUUUAUGUGGUUUGGCCUGAUUCCCAUUUUGCACCAGUGAAGCACUGUGGGUUCCCGGACAUCCCUCCUGAUUUCCACUUGUCUGUGUGAAAUCCCAAACGGGCUUUUUUGGCUCAGCAACUCGAUAGAUACACAGACCUUCCUGAGCCAAACUCGUGGGUAGCUGAGACUCCACUAAGUGGAAAACAUGAUGCCAACUGGAAAUAGGCAGUUUUUCUUCCUCCUCAAAGUGCUUUAGAAUCACAUGUCCUUUGAUCAAUCUAAGGUAAGUAAAUCUUAGUGUUUUUCCCCCCAUUUUGUAGGAGGGGAAACCGAGAUGUCCUAAACCAAGCGGACCUGUGGGGGUUGGUGGCAGAGCCAGGACUAGCACUCUGAAGCUUUUGAUCGCUGACUUGUUCUUAGGGCACUGAGUAUCUCUCUCCUCUCGCAGCAUCUGCCAGAUCUCUGGGUUUUAUUUUAUUUUUUUAUUCUCGUUCUUUAUUAACCAGUUACUUUAUUUCCUUGGAGUCAUACCGGAUCACAAAUGGGUGAUUUCAGAACACCUCUGCACAAAACUCUCAGACGUUCCGUACCUCGGGACUGGGAAAUCCUUAAUAGAAGCUGAGUAUAAAUGUGUAGAAAUGUUCUGCCCUGGUGUGGACCCAAAAUCAAUCACUGGAAACAGUGGGGUAGAAACUGGAGAUCUGUGACCAAGGUGGAAACAGCAGCCAUGCCAGCAGGAAUGAGUGCUGGCUGGGUGGACAGCAAGGUGAUGGCCAAGGCCUUGGUCUGGCAGCAGCUCUCCAGCCCUCUCUGCUCUCCUGCUGCCAUCCCUGGCUGGCUGUGGCUCUGGCCAAGUCCUUGGAGGAAGGAGGAGCCCAGGACCAGGGCAGGCACUGCAGGGCUCAUUGCAACAGCGAAGGAAGUGCUCAGCAGCCUGGCCGCACAUCAGGAAAAUAGCUCUGAAAUGAUCCUUCAUUGACGGGAAUAACAAAGUAAACAAGUAACCUUUGCCAGCCCUCCUCAUUUUGCACCGAGUCAAGAGUGGGUCUGUCAUGAAACCUCUCUCCAUGCAAGCACACGGGUCUGUCCUGCUGCUGAGUGUCUGUGAGGCCACGUCUCCAAGAAUGCGAAAACCUUUGACGAGCCACAGUUAGUGCAUAACUUGUCCGGACUGCGCCCCAGGAGCAAAGGCAGGAAUCCACCCCUUCCAGAACUUGGUUUUAAGAUGCGUGUUUUUCUCUCUGGGCGAUCCUGGAUCAAUCUCCAGCAUUGCCACAGGCCUGGCCACCCUGUGUUGCACACACAACAAGCCAUGUCCUGCCAGUGCCUCCGAGCUCCGUGUGCCAGCGCCGGCCGGACCUGCCGCUCCAGCCACCGGGGACCCUCCUACCACAGGGACAGCCAUGGGCAGCACGGGGGGCUGAGGGGCCACCAGGGGCUCUUGGUUUGGGAAGUCACUGAGUACAUGCAUGCAGUGGUGUUUCUUGGAACAAAUAUAUAUAUAUAUGUAGAUAGAUAUAUCCACACACACACCUCUGUGUGUGUCUAUCUUCAUAUAUAUAUAUAUAUAGAGAGAGAGAGAGAUGGUAACACCCUGGGAAGUGAGCUCAGUAUUCUGUCUAGAUGCAGCUGGUAGCUCCAUCCCCAAUUUAAAACAACACUGGAAAGGAGAGAGGAAAUUAAGUGUUACUGUCACCUCCUGAUGUGUGAAUAACCAUUUCCAGUGUGUAGCCAGUGACAAGGCACAGCCACAUGCCUGACCUGACCAGAGCCACCGUGGCAGACGUGUCCUGGUGUUGCCUGUUGGAAUGUUUGUCACCAUGAGGUCCAGGUGGGUUGCUGUGUCCACAGGCCCUGGUGGUGGUCAGCAGGGUCACCAGACCCCACUUUCUUCUCCAUUUGUGCUCACACAUCCUGAUGACCCCCUAGUUGUGGAAUUAGUGCCAUUAACCAGUGGGUAGCUAUUUCAUUCAGGACUGAAGGAGAGACUCCAGGCUGUAACUUGACCUGACAUCCCCAGUACUUGAGGUUUCCGCAGCUGUUUUGUUGAGGGAGAAAAGAGUUUGAUGCAUUUCCCUUCUCUCUCAGUGGUGCAAUGAAAUGAAAAGUAUGGAGUAUGUAUCUGCUAGAUAUCAACUUAGUUACUGAUAAAAAAAAAAAACAAACCAAAACCCACUUGUGAAAUGCCCUGUGUAUCACCCUGGUUGUAACAAUGCCACAGGCCGAGGGAGCGUCGGGGGCUUCUCUCCUGGGACGUGGGGCAAACUGCCCGGGCUGGCUGGGCUUGGGCACCUGCCCCCAUCAGUAGCCAGGAGCAGCUUUGCUAACUCAGAAAUCAGGCUCUGUUUAUAUUAAGCCCAAAUUGUUUGCAAAAACUGGAAGCAAUUCAGCUUAUGCAGUUUUAGAGCUAAUUAUGUGUAUGGAAAAUACUCAACCGUACCAAGAAUGUAAGAAAUCCUCUAAUUUAUUCAAUACAUUGUUUCACAAGGUAUUUCACACUGACUGUUGCCGCUGAACCAAACCUUAUCUCAGGUCAUUUGCAUUCAUCUCCUGUCUGUAGAUUAAAAAAAAUAAAAUUAAAAUAAUUCUCAUUUUCUUAGUUUAUUCAGUAAUUGCCAACUGGGUUCUGGUGCAGCCGACUCCACGUCCUGAACUUUCCCAGUUGCUCUUUACAAAACCUUUUGCAGAGAGAAUCCAGUGAUGGUAGCUGGGGAAAGGCUUUUCACUCCGGUUUAAGAAGGUAACUAAGUCUGGCUAGGGUCUGAGAGUGGAGUGGGUUAGUUUCAUGACCAAUUCUUUCUAUUUUGGUUUGGGCUCGUGCUGGUUAACCCCAGUGCCCGAGCGAAAGGUGCUGACACUUCCUAGCAGGGCCGGGCAGUGGGAACCAGCCCUGCUCUGCUACCUGUGCUACAUCUGUGGGAUGUCACCUAGAGACACACCAGUUUGAUUUCAUCUGCCAAUCAUUUUGUUGUAGCAUGUUGCAAUCCUGCAUGUCUUGGCUACAAUGGUUAAAAAAAAAUAAUUCUCGGAAUGAGUGGACAGUCAAGACUAAUAUUUAUUUUAAAAAAGUAAAACUAAAUUGUAAGCACUUUUUUGUAAAACCAAUGUCUGUUUUGUUACAUACUUUUAAUGUUGUGCUUUGUAAAUGUCUUAUUUGUGUAAUAAAUAAAGUUAAUGCAA